AUGAUAACAUUGGAUUCAGACACUAUCCAUAAACAGGAUCAAAAAAACACACAUACUACAUUAUCCAUCCAGUUUACCCAUAGAAUAAUAAUGAGCAGUACAGGUAAUCCUCAAACAGUAAGAGGGAUGUACAACACGAUGUUUCUUUCCCACAUUGACCUUUCUCCGUACAUUACCGGAAAUUCACACUCGUUAAACCUCAAUGAAACUGCUACAAAGUAUAAAGAAUUCAAAACAAUGAUUUUGCAAAGACCAAAAGUAGGGCAUAUAAAUUCUAAUAAUCCAUAUGCAAAGCAUGCUAAAAAGUUUGUAUACAUCCAGCCUGCGGAUGAAACAAGAACUGAAGGAGAUAAUUCUUUAAUCAGCAAUACACAACCACAACCACCACAACAACAGCACAGUCAACUUAACGAAUCAUCACUUUUACCAUAUAGGUCCACUUCCUAUUUGAAUAAUGUAACUAAGGACCUAAUUAAUAUCCACAGCGCCAUCGCCAGUGAAUCACCACUUAAUGUUCUCGAUAAGGGUGAUAAUGGGAAAUUUACGACUUUUGAAAUGGAGAGAAAAGAUGAGAUGAUCGUUAGCAAUCGGAAUACAAUUCGUGGGACGGAAUCACAGAAACAUUUUAACCAACUGCAGAAUUCACUCAAUUCGGUAUAUCGACUUAAUAAUGAGCAGGAACAACAACUGAGUCAAAGCUCAAUACAGGAAGAACCUCUAUUGCAGCCCGAAGAGAGUAAACUGGUAUUUCCUCCUGAUUACGACCAGCAGCGUAAAAUGGAAGUUCAAAAUCAAGUAUAUCCUCAGUCUUCACAUUCUAACCAUCAACUCCAUAAAUCUCAUCAAAUUUACUCUGAUCAACAAGUAAGAGGCUAUACAUCUCCCGUCACUCAAGCGUUCCAAGCUCCCCAAACAUUCUCAUACCCACAGCUCCCUCUGUCCCAGCGACAACAGCCUCCUCUUAUGCAUGUACCUUAUGAAGGUGACUCGACUUCCAGUUCAAACAGGCAUCAUUAUUAUUCAUCUCAUUAUCAGCUUCAGUCGCAACAAUCUUCAAAUGUGGCCCAGCAGCAACAGCAACAACAACAACAACAACAGCUUCAACAGCCGCUAUAUAUACAAAACAAUCCUUCCUACCAACAACAACCUGAGAAUUUACAUUCUGUAGAGCAUAAUUUUUAUGAAAAUCCGACUCACCACAACUUACCACACCAUUAUCAGGCAAUGCAGUCUUUCUCUUCGCCAUAUUCGAAAAAUAACUUCCAGUUACUAAAUGAACCUCAGGGGGAUUACCAUGUUGAAAAAACCCAAAGGAAUGUUUCAUCGGACGGUCCUUAUGGACAUGCUUUCAAUGACAAAAACACCAAUAAUGAGCCAUUCCCUCAAAGCCAUUUAAAUAGAUCGAAAAAGCAUUAUCUUGAUUUGCUAGUGAAUGAAAGAACACAAGAUUUCAAAGUGUUCAACCAGGUUGACCAAGAGGUGCACUUUGAGUUUCUGUCCUCAUUAGAUGGUAAAUUUUACAUCAACGAGAAAUACUUGAAAUGCAAUGACGCCACUGAUAUGGUCCCUAUAGUGUGUUAUAGAAGGAAUUUUAAUAGCUUACUUAUGUCUCUCGAAUUCAAUGAUAUGCCAUCGUAUGCUCUAAUGGGUGGUACUUACUAUAACGUAUCAAACGUUAAAAUCUCGAUUGAAUGCACAUCUAACUUCUCUAGCGGGUCUUUUGAUCUGGCGUAUUUCCAUACAAAUUCAACAAGUAAAGAAAGCAAAAACAUUAUUAAUAUGGACUCAUCGUCUGUAGAUCUCGGGUUGUUUAAAGGUCGGAAGAAAAUAAGAGUUAAACGAUUUCAAUUUAAAAAAGCAACUCCCAACAAUGGUAAGUAUAUUGCUAAAGACUACUACUAUAUUCAUGUGAACCUAAUUUUUGAACUUACCGAAAACACUGGUAACGACAGGACCAAGAGGAAACUGCCGUUCCCUCAAAAAAUUAUGAGCUUGAAAACAUGCAGCAUAUCUGUAAGAGGUAGGAACCCCUCCUUUUACACAGAGAGAGAUGACAUUAGUGUCAAUAGAGAUACUAGUGAGUGCUUCAAAGUGUUUUUGGAAGAUGACGCCUAG